AUGUUGUCCGCUUUGUGUACGAAGGCGUUACGCGGUGCGCGGCCGUUUGAACGCGCUGCUUCUAGUGUCGUGGAAUUGCCCAAAUUUCAAGACUUCGAUGUCCAAAAUGAACCCAUUCUGGGCUAUCGCGAGGGCAGCACCGAGCGUAAAGAACUCGCAGAAGAACUGAAACGCACUGCCGCUGUCACGGAGGAAGUGCCAAUUGUUAUUGGUGAUGAGUUUAUCAAAGAAGGUGAAGUGCAACAUCAAGUGAUGCCCCAUGACCACAACAAAAAGCUCGCCAAGUUCUAUUACGCGAGCGAAAAAACAAUUCAGAAAGCUAUUCAGGUAUCUGUCGAUGCCCAAAAGAAAUGGGAUCGCACCCCACUGGAAGAGCGUGUGCGUAUCUGGCAAAAGGCUGCUGAAAUGAUGGCAGGUGAACAUCGCCAACGUCUAAAUGCUGCUACAAUGCUAGGCCAGUCCAAGUCUGUUAUCCAAGCAGAAAUUGAUUCUGCAGCGGAGCUCAUUGACUUCUUCAGGUUCAAUGUGUUCUUCUUAAAAGAAAAUGCUAAGUAUCAGCCCAUUUCUGAAAAUCCAACUGUAACAAGAAACAGCAUGAGGUUUAGAGGUAUUGAUGGAUUUAUUGCUGCUAUUAGCCCAUUCAAUUUCACAGCAAUUGGAGGAAACCUUGCCUACACCCCAGCACUUAUGGGUAAUGGUGUUGUAUGGAAGCCUUCAGAUACUGCUCUAUUAUCAAACUGGAGAAUAUUUAACAUCAUGCGAGAGGCUGGAUUACCUGCGGGCAUUGUUAAUUUUGUCCCUGCCGAUGGGCCUACAUUUGGGCGCACAAUUACUGCUUCUCCAGAUCUUGCAGGCAUUAACUUCACUGGUUCUGUACCCACUUUCAAUUGGUUGUGGCAUGAAGUCGGUAAAAAUCUUAACCGCUACAAGAAUUACCCUAGGCUCAUUGGUGAAUGCGGAGGUAAAAAUUACCAUUUCAUUCAUCCCUCUGCUGACGUAAGAUCUGUGGUCACAGCUACGAUCCGUUCGGCAUUUGAAUAUUGUGGCCAGAAGUGCUCAGCAUGUUCUAGGAUGUAUGUUCCUAGAUCUCUGUAUGAACCAAUUAAAGAAGGUCUUCUAGAAGAGCGGUCUAAACUAAAAGUUGGAGACCCAACUGACUUCUCGGUAUUUACUGGGGCUGUCAUUGAUAACAAAGCUUUUGCCAGGAUCACUGGCUAUAUCAAGAAUGCAAAGAACAACACCAAGAACAAGAUUCUUGGAGGUGGUGAAUAUGAUGAUAGCAAGGGCUACUUUGUCCAACCUACUAUCAUUGAAACUGUAGACCCCCAUGAUAAGUUAAUGACAGAGGAGAUCUUUGGGCCCGUACUCACAAUGUAUGUUUAUGAAGACAGUGAUGUCAUGAAGACCCUUUCACUAGUCGGCUCGUCAACUAAAUUUGCAUUGACUGGUGCAGUCUUUGCUAAUGAUAAGAGCUUCCAGCAGACUGCCCUCGAGGAAUUGAAGAUCACAGCAGGCAAUUUCUACAUCAAUGACAAGUCUACCGGCUCUGUGGUUGGGCAACAACCAUUUGGUGGUGGCCGUAUGUCGGGAACCAAUGAUAAGGCUGGUGGGCCCAACUAUGUCAUGCGCUGGACGUCACCACAAUCCAUUAAGGAGACAUUUGUCCCACUGCGUGAAAUAGAUUAUCCCUACAUGAGGGAUUAA